AAAUAAUCUUAAAAGAAACAGAGGAUGGGGAAGGAAAUGUUGAGAAUGCCAUAGAUAGAAAGUAAGGGGGUGUGGUGAGAAGCUACCUCUUUAAAAAAGGAAUGUGAGCUCAAACAGUUUGGUGACCUCUAGAAAACCCUAAGGUUAAGCUUUUUUUUCCAUGAAAAUUUUUUUCUAGCCUAGGGUAGGGAAGGGUGUAAGGUAUCCUAGUUAAUUUUAGGAUUUCUGUUUUAUGACACAGGAGUUAUACAAUACCAGUUUGAUAACUUUUUCUCACUUCCCAUUGUGUACUUGACCUCCCUUUCUUUUUCUCUGUUCUCCUGUAGGGAGGAGAAAGGCAUUUGGCCUCUCCCCUUCCUCCAGUCUGACACCUCCUUCUUUUUGCCCCUCCCUCUUAUCUUUGUUUCCUUAUCGGCCUCUCCCUAAAGCUCUGCUUUCUCCUUAUAAGGCUAGGUGAGGCUUCUUUGGCAGGGUUGCAUCAGGGAUCCAGCUCUCUCCUUCCUGCUUCCUCCUUGCUGUGGUGGCUGGGAUGCUUCUCCCAUGAUUUUUUGAAUCUAGACUGGGCUGUACUCUGUGUUAAAACCAAUCAGUUACGACCUUGUCUUAACAGUAGUGUGAAGUGAGGGGGGCCUUCUCCCUCUUUGCUCCUCCCUCUGUGAUCCACACCUUCCUUUUUACCCUGCCCUGCGGCGGCUCCGCCCCUUACCUUCAUGGACGACUCAGAGGUGGAGUCGACCGCCAGCAUCUUGGCCUCUGUGAAGGAACAAGAGGCCCAGUUUGAGAAGCUGACCCGGGCGCUGGAGGAGGAACGGCGCCACGUCUCGGCGCAACUGGAACGCGUCCGGGUCUCACCACAAGAUGCCAACCCACUCAUGGCCAACGGCACCCUCACCCGCCGGCAUCAGAACGGCCGGUUUGUGGGCGAUGCUGACCUUGAGCGACAGAAAUUUUCAGAUCUGAAACUCAACGGACCCCAGGAUCACAGUCACCUUGUGUAUAGCACCAUUCCCAGAAUGCAGGAGCCAGGGCAGAUUGUGGGGACCUACACGGAGGAGGACCCUGAGGGAGCCAUGUCUGUUGUCUCCGUGGAGACCUCUGAUGAUGGAACUACUCGGCGCACAGAGACCACAGUCAAGAAAGUUGUGAAGACUGUGACAACACGGACAGUACAGCCAGUCCCUGUGGGACCAGAUGGGCUGCCUGUGGAUGCCUCAUCAGUUUCUAACAACUAUAUCCAGACUCUGGGGCGUGACUUCCGCAAGAAUGGCAAUGGGGGACCUGGUCCCUACGUUGGGCAAGCAGGCACUGCUACCCUUCCCAGGAACUUCCACUACCCUCCUGAUGGAUAUAGCCGCCACUAUGAAGAUGGUUAUCCAAGUAGCAGUGACAACUAUGGCAGUCUGUCCCGGGUGACCCGCAUUGAGGAGCGGUACAGGCCCAGCAUGGAAGGUUAUCGGGCACCUAGUAGACAGGAUGUGUAUGGGCCCCAGCCCCAAGUUCGGGUAGGUGGGAGCAGUGUGGAUCUGCAUCGUUUUCACCCAGAGCCUUAUGGGCUAGAAGAUGACCAGCGUAGCAUGGGCUAUGAUGAUCUGGAUUACGGCAUGAUGUCCGAUUAUGGCACUGCCCGUCGGACUGGGACACCCUCUGACCCUCGCCGACGACUCAGGAGCUAUGAAGACAUGAUUGGUGAGGAGGUGCCAUCGGACCAGUACUAUUGGGCUCCUCUGGCCCAGCAUGAACGGGGAAGUUUAGCAAGCUUGGAUAGCCUGCGUAAGGGGGGACCCCCGCCUCACAACUGGAGACAGCCAGAGCUGCCGGAGGUGAUCGCCAUGUUAGGAUUCCGCUUGGAUGCUGUCAAGUCUAAUGCAGCUGCAUACCUGCAGCACUUGUGCUAUCGCAAUGACAAGGUGAAGACCGACGUCCGGAAGCUCAAGGGGAUCCCAGUACUGGUUGGAUUGUUAGACCACCCCAAAAAGGAAGUGCACCUUGGAGCCUGUGGAGCGCUCAAGAAUAUCUCUUUUGGGCGUGACCAGGAUAACAAGAUCGCCAUAAAAAACUGUGAUGGUGUUCCUGCCCUUGUGCGAUUGCUCCGAAAGGCUCGGGAUAUGGAUCUCACUGAAGUUAUCACCGGAACCCUGUGGAAUCUCUCAUCCCAUGACUCAAUCAAAAUGGAGAUUGUGGACCAUGCACUGCAUGCAUUGACAGAUGAAGUGAUCAUCCCACAUUCUGGUUGGGAGCGAGAACCUAAUGAAGAUUGUAAGCCACGCCAUAUUGAGUGGGAGUCGGUACUCACCAACACAGCUGGCUGUCUUAGGAACGUCAGCUCAGAGAGGAGUGAAGCUCGCCGGAAACUUCGUGAAUGUGAUGGUUUAGUGGAUGCCCUCAUUUUCAUUGUUCAGGCUGAAAUUGGGCAGAAGGACUCAGAUAGUAAGCUUGUGGAGAACUGCGUUUGCCUUCUUCGGAAUUUGUCAUAUCAAGUUCACCGGGAGAUCCCACAGGCAGAGCGUUACCAAGAGGCACCUCCCAAUGUUGCCAAUAAUACCGGGCCACAUGCUGCCAGUUGCUUUGGGGCCAAGAAGGGCAAAGGGAAAAAACCCACAGAGGAUCCAGCAAAUGAUACAGUGGAUUUCCCUAAAAGAACUAGUCCAGCUCGAGGCUAUGAGCUUUUGUUUCAACCAGAGGUGGUUCGGAUCUAUAUCUCACUCCUCAAGGAGAGCAAGACUCCUGCCAUCCUUGAAGCCUCAGCCGGAGCUAUCCAGAACUUGUGUGCUGGGCGCUGGACGUAUGGUCGAUACAUUCGCUCUGCUCUGCGUCAAGAGAAGGCUCUUUCUGCCAUCGCCGACCUCCUGACCAAUGAACAUGAGCGUGUAGUGAAAGCUGCGUCUGGAGCACUGAGAAAUCUGGCUGUGGAUGCCCGCAACAAAGAGCUCAUUGGUAAACAUGCUAUUCCCAACUUGGUAAAGAAUCUGCCAGGAGGGCAGCAGAGCUCUUCCCAGAAUUUCUCUGAGGACACCGUGGUCUCUCUCUUGAACACCAUCAAUGAGGUUAUUGCUGAGAACUUGGAAGCUGCCAAAAAGCUUCGAGAGACACAGGGCAUUGAGAAGCUGGUACUGAUCAACAAAUCAGGGAACCGUUCAGAAAAAGAAGUCCGAGCAGCAGCACUUGUAUUACAGACAAUCUGGGGCUAUAAGGAACUACGGAAGCCACUGGAAAAAGAAGGAUGGAAGAAAUCAGACUUCCAGGUGAAUCUAAACAACGCUUCUCGAAGCCAGAGCAGUCAUUCAUACGACGACAGCACUCUCCCUCUCAUUGACCGGAACCAGAAAACAGAUAAGAAACCUGAUCGGGAAGAAAUUCAGAUGAGCAGUAUGGGAUCAAACACAAAGUCAUUAGAUAACAACUAUUCCACACUGAACGAGAGAGGGGACCACAACAGAACACUGGAUCGAUCCGGGGAUCUAGGUGAAAUGGAGCCGUUGAAGGGAACACCCCUGAUGCAGGACGAGGGGCAGGAAUCUCUGGAGGAAGAGUUGGAUGUGUUGGUUUUGGAUGAUGAGGGGGACCAAGUGUCUUACCCCUCCAUGCAGAAGAUUUAGCACCACUAUCUCCGCUACAUCUGAGCUUAUAAUAUAUGUACUUUUAUUUUUUGGUGGCGAAAUGGACUGAUGAUUUUUCCCUUUCUUCGCUGGACUAUUGUGCCAACUGCCAGGCUGCCUCCUGCCCUUCUAGCCCUAAGUGGCCGCCUUCUUUCCACCAACUCCUAACUUGUUCCAGUGAAGCUUAAUUAUCCCUCCUACCCCCUGCAGAUCCCCUCCAUUUGCUCCCAAGAAGCCUGACUCAGUUAUAUGCAUAUCUUGAGAAACUGCUGCAGAUUAGCUUUUUUUUUUUACCAGGUCUCUCUGGGACUCUUGGCCUUGUAUGGAGGGAGGGAGCAAGUGGGAGUCCUCACUGGAAGCCAUGGGAAGAAUUGGAAGUUACAUGCAGUAUAUGCAGUGUCCAGCACUCUGAUAAACUGAUAAUUCUUAAUCAAGAUUUUUUUCCCUGGUGGGGAAGGGACUUUUAUUUUUUUGGAGAAUGGGGAGUGUGAGCUCUUCCCUUACCCCAGUGACUAUUUUUGAUUCAAAGAAGGCUGGCAACAUUGGCACAUUCCACCUGGCAAGGGCCCUUGAGUAAGUGAAGGUCUUCUAGAACUGAGAUUAAGAAACCUCGCUCUCCUCAUCUCCAGGGCAGGGAGCGUCAUGGACCUACAGACUCCAUGUCUUCUCCAGCCUCAUGACAACCUGGGCUGCUGCCGUCGCCCCUUACUGAGGCUGUCCUUCAUCUUCCUCUUCCAUCCUGUGAUAAUGUCUGCUGACUUGGCCUGGCCAUUUGCAAGAGACUAGAAAGAGGAGAAUGUAUCAAGGAAGACUUUUUGGGUGAGAAGGAGCAGAAAGAUGUCUUCUGGGGAGGAGAAGAACCUCUAAGAGGAGUUAGUAGGAAUGUACAUGAAUCAGUUAGUCUGAAACUGGCAGGAAGCUUUGAAGCUGGCUUCCCCCCUGCCCUUAUGUCUCCUUUUCCUACCCUUACUGCCCUUCCCUCCCUGCCUCUUCCCUGGGUUGGUUGGCUGACAAAAGGACUUGAUGUACAUAUUCCCACCCCCUUUACCCUUAAAAGGUGGAGAUCGCCCCUGGAUUUGCCUCUUCUUUGUGCCUUUGGCCUGGGGUGCAUCUCCUCCUUCCCUUCCAUGUGCCUUUCUUUGCCUCUGCGGUCUCAUUUUCAUGAUUUUGCAAAUUAUAUUUUGUUGCUUUCUUACCCACUAUUGGCCCUAAAUAGCAGAAAGGAGAGGUGACCUAGAGAACCUCAGAUUCUCUGUUGGGAAUUGGUAGAGCCUCUGAUUUCAGCCAUUCAGCUUUUGCUCAAUAGUAUAUGGUUGGGAUUUUGCAAAAAUCCUGUUCUGAUGAAUCUCAAAAUACGGGAGGAGUGAGUGGUGUGACUCUUACUCCUUAGUUGCUCAGAAUUUACUGUCAUCUCUGAAGUGGCUGGAGGGAGAUCGCCUCUUGUGCCCUCCCUCCCUGCCUCCCCUGCCCCCCACCCCAGUACCACCUCCUUUCAGUUUAGUGUUUAUUAGUGGGUUGGGCUAGAGGAAUCAGCUGCUAUGCUGGUUGUUUUUUAAUUUUUUUUGUUUUGUUUUGUUUUGUUUCGUUUUUAACCCUUCUCCUUUUUUGCCUUUUACUCCUCCCCUUAAUCUAAAAGCUCUGUUCAAUGCAACUGGAAAUCUUUAUCCUUCUCUCUCUCCCCCUCCCCUUAUAAAUUGAGGCUAUGGGGUAAGAGAAAAGUGCACAACCCACCACCACCCCCCUUCCCUUCCCCUAUACAUUAAAAUCCCUUAUUUACCCCCCCCCCCCCAUUUCUUCCCACUCCUUUUCUGGCAAAAAGGAGCCUUUUCCCCUCUCUGACCCUAAGAACAUACUGCACAGGGGAAAUCGCCCCCAUUUGGACCUGGCUCCACUCUUGGUUUCUCUUCUCCUCUUUUGCUCUUUUCCUGGUGCUCUUUUUCUCGGUGGGGUGUGGGUAAUAGAACAGCCAUGGGCUUUUGGGGACCUUUAACUAUUUUUUUUUCUUUUUUGUUUAUAAAAACACUAAACAUUCAAUUCCAGAGAACCAAAAAUCCCACCUCCCACCGAACACUACUAAGGGGCAAGUCUUCUGCUCCAUACCUUUCCUGUUUUUCUUUCUCUCUUGUUAAUGCUUUUAAAAACAAAUGAGUUUUUUAUAUAAAUAAAGUUUUUAAAGUGUGUAUGUGGGGGGUCUGUGUCAUUUCUUCACUUCCAGCUGUAUCUCUUCCCUCCUUUUCAUCUUGGUUACUUCCUUAUAUGUAUCUGGGUCCUUCUUCUCUCCAGAGCAGCCAGAAGGGGGUUAUACCGGGAUGGAACUACUGUGAGCUCAGUCCCAACUCUUACCAAGCAACAUUCUUUUUAAUUACAUGUGAGACAUGUUUCCUCUUAAGAUUCUUAAAAAUUAAAUGUGGUUAAGUAGAGCACAGGAAACUUAUUGCUAACUUAGAUGGGAAACUGAAGUAUAAGGAACUAAGGACUUUCUUAGUCACCGGAAUUCUUUUGGAAAUUCGAUAAAAUGAAUGUUGAACAAAGCCCAUUGCAAUACACGGUCCUUUUGAGCAUUUAACGUUUAUGACUAGAAGGUUAGACGCUACCAACUCCAACUGCCCUCCUAAUAAGAAAACGUGUAAUUAAAAGGCUCGUGUAUAUAAGUGAAUACUGGGCCACAAUGUUGCUUUUCAGGCUAUCUGUAAUCCUUCAGUAAGAAGACAAGGGACAGACCUAUAGCUGCUCUUGUGUCCUACCAAAUAAUAUGUGGAUGGAUAGCAAACACUUGCUGGGUUGCUAGGGAUUGUCUUGACCGCAGAGGCCACGGAUUAAGACCUAUGGAAAGAGACUUAUUUUUCUGGGGCCCCUAUCCCAUUAUAUAAUUAAAAAACUCAAGAAUUUAUGUCAAAUGCUUGCUGUAUGCCCAAUCUUUAGAUUAAAAAUCUAUAGCUUCUGAUGAUGGUCAUGUCUCAAUUUUUGUUGAACUAGGUCUUGGGUAUAAAAACUUUAUUGGGCUAGUGAGACCAGGAAAUCUAGGCCUUGAAGCUGGUCCCUUUUACAGCUUGUGUCUAACAGUUGUAGUUUUAGACUAGAGGGGUGAAUCACAGAGCCAAAAAGCUAUCAGAGUUUGCUUUCCAAAGGGGUUUGGUAGCUUCACUUGAAAUGGUUUUCUAUCUCUGUGGAAAAAAAAAGGCUACUGGUGAAUAGCCUUCUGUUGGAGCAUCAUCUGUAACCAUGUUAUAGUUAUUAUCCACUGUUACAGUUACUAUCCACUGAUACAGUUACUAUCCACUGAUACUGAGCUAUAAACAGAACUUACUGUUCUCCCUCCUCCCUGGGUUGGUCCAUUUGUUUCAUCUCAUUCAAUAUUUACUGAGCAUCUUCUAUGUGCUAGGUGUUGUGGAUGUUAGGGUGAGAGAAUGAAACAGAUGGACACGUCCUCUUUACAGUCCAUGUGAACUGUGUGAUUAAGAUCUGUGGUCUUCUAUUUAUUUUUUUAAGCUCUGCACCCAACAUGGGGCUUAAACUCAGGACCCCAAGAUCACGUGAAAGCCCCUUGCUCUACCUUCUGAGUCAGCCAGGCACUCUGAUUUGUGGCCUUUUCAAAACAUUUCUCUGUUCCUGCCUAAAAUAAGGUGUUAAACAGAAUGAUCUGUAAAUCCCCUAUAUCUCUUAAGUAUCUUGACACCGAUUUAGGAAUGCUUUGGAAGCCCGUUGCUAUCUCCUACUAACAGCAACUUUAGGAAUCCCAUGGAUUUUGUCAAGAUACUGAUGAUGUUCUUGAACCUUGAGAGCCUGAGUUGUUUCUGGAAGUGGUUAUAGAUGAUGCUCCACUGGUCUUCUCUCUCAGUGAGGCUUCCCGCCACCCCCCGCACAUGUUCGUGAAAUAGCUAGCUGUAAUGGGUCCUGCUGAGACAUACUUUCUCACCGCUCAAAGCUACGACCUCACUUGGCCACUUGUUCUUUCUUGCUGAACUUAAAGUACUUUGUUACAAAGUGGAAAUAUCUCCCCCAGGAAGAACUAAGGACCAGCCAGCCUUUCUAGGUCAUUAUUUCUCAAUUUUGUCUUUCUAUCUGAAGUAUAAGAUAGUAGAGAUUCAUCUUGGUAUUUUCAUAGAUAAACUUAAGACCAGCAAGACCUCACUUUCUGGAUCUGAACAAGUACACAAGAAUUACCUGGGAACCUUACAAAAUGCAGAUGCCUUUGUUCUAUUUCCAAAAACUGAUGGGGGAAAAAAAAAGUGACUCAGGAAUCUGAAAUCUUGAUAAGUCACCUAGGUUAUUCUGAUGCCUGUGGUCAGUUAAUUGCAACUUGAGACCGUGGUCUAGUUAAUGACUUAGUUGAAGGUUUUAGCCUCAAACUGGAAUCUGGGAUAACUGGCUCUAACUGCACUGGCACCAUUGCUAGUAACAUGGUGUGCGUGAUGAUAAUCACAGUACGGGAGAAUUCAUAAAACUUGAUUUCAAAGUAAUAAAUUGCUUAUAGUUGAAUUUGAGAUAAUAGUGAUAGGCUGGUGUGUAGGUAGGAAAGACUUCUUACCUUACAAACUGUCCUACAGAUAAUAUCUAGGCUGCUGAUAGGUGAAGCUAGUCCUUGAUAUGGGGCCUGGUAGUACAGAGGGAAUCUUCUGGAGUUGCUGACUUUGACGAGUGUGUCACUUCUGGCUACAAAGGGUACCUGGACUGGAGAGUAUGUGGCCCCAUUGGCCAAAGCCAGGGAGGUGUGUCUGGAAACUUAAAUCACUCCUGAAAGGCAAGGUACCUCAAAAAAGGAAAAAAAACAUUGUAGAAGUGAAUUUCUUUUACUUUCCUGUUGUCUGACAGUCACUUAAAGCAUUCGGUCUUAAGCUGACCCACGUGGAAGUUAGAGGCAGACGUGGAUGAAGAGAAAGCUGGAGGAAGUGAGGUAGGGAAAGCGUGAAAAUAAUCAUGUCUGUCUGCAUUAUAUCCUUAGUCUUUUCCCCCUCUUCAUGUGGUCUGAAGUGACCAGGACCAGCUAUCCACAAGUGGACGAGUCAAGAGCUUUACACUUGUCAGUAUACAUCGUAAGAGCUAUAAACAUCAUUUUAAGUGUGGGGUUUGAUUUUUAGCUAAGGAAAAAGUGCUACGUUUCUCUCCAUAUACAUCUCUUUGUUGAAAAGGACAGGUUCUUCCAGUGAGGAUGCAGAAGAGAAUACUAUCUUGCUUUUUUUCUGCAGAUACUCUAGUGUUAAUGGGCACAGUCUGAAUGCCCUAAUGGUGGUUGUCCCUGAGGAAAAGAAAAUCCGGAUUAUUUGUGGUGAAGUGUGAAGCACUUACUCGGCUCUUGUCUUGACACCUUUUCCCCUCCACCUUUAAGGCAAGGCAAGGUUAGCACUGGUCUUCUGUGGACUUUGGGCUGUCGGUCUUUUUACGACCUACCCUUCUCAGAAUUAAGGAUGGGCAGAGUAUUGUGCCUAUAGCUGGGACUAGUUCAGGCUUCUGUUGGCAUUUUGGGUAGAUUAGAUCAUCUGAAAUGUCAUUUCAGCAGAAACAAGCAAGAUGCUGGGUAAAUAUAUUUAUAAACAAUACUUAUGAACACAUUGACAAACA